AUGAUUAGCGACGUGACCUUAUCCGCGCUAGCCAACUGGCUCGGCAGUCUCACCAUGAUCUUGAUCGUCGUAUAUCACGCAUUAAGCGUAAAUGUCAAGAGGAAUCAAGAGACAGCGAGAAAGGUCGCCGCUUCGACAUAG